CGCGAAAUUCGAUCAACUUAUUUACAAAACACCGCACCGAUAUUCACCCAGUUUGGGCAGAAAGAUUUCUCAUAGGGAUAGAAGUCAUGUUUUUGUCAACCAAAAGUGCACUUCAGCAGCUGGAAGUUUCCCUUCAAUGCUCAGCAUGUCACAAACUUCUUACGGAGCCAUGCACCUUGGGAAACUGUACUCAUCUUAUUUGCAAGGCUUGUGCUGGAAAUUACCGAGGCAAUGCAUGCCCUACCUGUCAGGCCCCAGCAUGGGUAAAGGACUUGCAGGUCAAGAGAGAAUUGGGGAUGGUGGUCCGUCUCUGUCGAAGACUCCAACGACUGAUCAACAACGACCCUGAACAAGUAGAUAGUGCCAGCAUAGAUCUGAGCGAAGUUGCUGGUCCUGUUCGGACAGGGGAAGGUGGGAGAAGUUUGGGAAAGGAUGAUGGAGGUUCCUGUGUGAAUGGGGGCCCGGAGAUUGCUGAUGAUUCUGAAACAGAGCCAAUGUCUAUCUCUGAAUCAGACACAGAGUUUCACAAACACGGCGAGAUUGUCCGCAAGGCCCUUCGCUCUGUUCAGGGGUCAGACACAGACUCAUUAUCCGAGCUGGAAAGAGGGAAAGCUGACAGUGAAAUUGGCAAGAAGAGAGGAAGGGUCCUGCAGAAUGGGAGGAAGAAGACAGAUGGGGAUCCAGAUUUGAUGAAGCAUGGUAUAAAGACACAAGGAAAUCAGAAACCUGAUAACAAAGGAACUGGUGGGUCAAGCAAGAAAGCUUCAGUCAACAGACAGAGAAACCAGAAGCCCAAUGAUGAAAACAACCCUUUGUCAGUGUAUGAAUUCCAGGCCUCGCCUCCACAUCCAAAGACCCGCAAAGCGAAACUGCAGGUCAUUCAACAGACCAAACGGGAGGCACGACUGAGGAAAGUGGCUGCAGCAAACAAGAAAUGGGACUCUGUGUCCAGUGUCACAGGAUCGAGGAAGGAAGGCAGAAAGCAUGUUUCUUUUUCCGAUGAUAGUUUGAAAUCAGGAUCAAGUAGUGCUGAGGAUGCAAGCAAAGGUGAUGUCAAGACAUCCAAAGCAAAAACUAAAUAUGUUGCAAAGACUGCAGUUUCUUCUGGAGAGGGUAGUAGGACGAAGGGCAAGUCUGUCAAAGACAAAGAGAAGACAUCGCCUGUUGUCUCCAAGCUUCAGAAUCAGAAAGUAAAAAAGUCAAGGGUUCAAAUCACAGAGUCCUUGCCUGAUGAUGCGUCCAAUGUGACACCGGAAUGUAGUCCAAGUGUGCCACGAGCUGGCCAGAAAAGAAGAUCACCACCUUCAUCAGUUUCAGUCACAGUAAAACCUUCCACCCCAGACAGUGCUGGCAAGAGGAAGAAAUUGGUGGAAGAGCAUACUCCAGAGACCCCUACCAGCAGCAGCAGAACAGGUCAAAAGAAGAGGCUUUCAGGAGGAAGGACUUCACUGAGCCCAAAUUCAUCAUUUAGUUCACCAAAGACUGCAGUGAUGAAGAGAAACAAGAGAGGGGAGACUCCACUGCAUGUAGCAUGUAUUAAAGGUGAUGAGAAUGAAGUCAAGUCUCUCUUGGAGCAAGGAGCUGAUCCUAACUCAAAGGACAAUGCAGGAUGGACUCCUCUGCAUGAAGCCUGCAACCACGGUCAUACAUCCUUACUCGGUCUGCUCCUGGAUCAUAACGCUCUGAUUAACACACCUGGGUUUGAGCAUGACACGCCCCUUCAUGAUGCAGUCAAUAACAACAGGAUACCAGUCAUCAAAUACCUCAGGGAAAGAGGAGCUUCGCUAGAAACGAGGAACAUUCACGGUCAAACACCGCUGGACCUACCCGCUACCCCAGCCAUCAAGGAAGCUCUUCUUACCAAACCCCUAUUAGAGGUCACCAAUUCACCUGUCUCUACCCCAGUAACCGCCCCUUCACAACAUCUACAGGAUAGACAGGUGGUCCUACUUGGAACAGGCCUAAAGCCCAAGAAAAAGACCUCCCUGGUGACUUGCAGUGAUACCCUAGAAGGAAGAGUAGUUGAUGAGUUCAGUCCUGAUGUUACCCAUCUAGUAGCAGCAUGUGAGGAGGAUGGUAGGUGUCUACGAACCAUGAAAUACAUGCAGGCAGUACUCGCAGGACGAUGGGUGGUGUCUUCAAAGUGGAUUUCAGAAUGCAUCAAACAUGAAGAGAGAGUAGAGGAGAUUGAGUUUGAGAUGCCAGGAACAUCCUCUGACCCUGAUAGCAACACACCUAGGAGAGGACGGGAAAACGUCCAAAAACAGUAUCCGGAAUUGUUCAACGGCUGUCACUUCUUUUUUAAGGGAAGUUUCAAGCAUCCAACACCUCUCAAACCAGAACUCAUUCAACUCAUCAAACUAGGAGGAGGAACCAUCCUUCAACGUCAACCUAAACCUGAUGAUGAUGUCAUCCAGGUCUCAACGGUCGUUCCUUAUCAUGCAAGGGCAAACUCCCAGUAUGCCUCCUGUGCGUAUUACAUCGUUUAUGACCAUCUCGGGAAGAAGCCGCCACCAAGUGUCAGAACACAGAAAGUCUGCACUGUACCAGUAUACUGGCUGUUGGACUGUGUGUCUCAGUUCACGAUACUAGAUCCUCCAAAAGAAUGAACUCAGCUUUCAUCCUUUGACAGCAUCAAAUGUUAUUAGGCCAGGGGCCCGAUGCAGAAAGAGUUGCGAUCAAACGCAACUAAAAAAAUAUUGCGCAACUUGAUUUUCAGCCAAUGAAGCACCAGUAUUCGGGACUUGCGCUUGAUAUUUUGACUUGCGUUUAAAUGCAUCUCUUUCUGCAACAGGCCCCUGGAAAGGCCUAAAAUCAAAAUUUCGAAAAAAGGCGAAAAUUUCACAAAGUCAAUUAACUUAUGUAUUAUUUGAGAAUAGUAUUUCAGUAUUAUUGAACUUUUUAACGCUUUAGACAGUCUUGAAGAUAUCUUCCAGUCUAUCUUUGCUAUGUGUAAAAGCCUGUAGCAUAAAGCUUUACGAAGAAUCACAUUGUUGAUUUGUACGCUAGAUUGGACACAUUGAUAAUUGUAAUCGUGUCAAAAUUGGUCUUACGAUCACUCACUAUUUAAAGCUUUAUGUAACUUGAACUUGACAUUCAUACCAUCCAUUGGACAUUCCUACAGAUCAUGAAAACUCUUAGUCAAAUAUUGCAUAUUAGAACAGAAGAAAUGAAGGUCAUUCUUGAAUUAUUGAUGAUAAAAAAUCAUGAACAGCAUACAUGUAUAAUGCAUGUAAAAAAAAAUUAUAUGUUCCUAUGCCUCUUUUUAUAAAUGCGUAUGGAAAUUGCAUAAAAAACAUGCAAUUGCAAGUUAUUUUUAUCAAUGGUUGUGAAAACAACAUAGCCUGUUGAUAUUAUAUUGGAUACUAUAAUUUCAAAGACUCGUUUCUGUAUCUAUUUCCUUUUUCAUUUUUUUUCUAUUCUUUUUUAAAAACUUUAUUCAUUUACAUAAAAUGAUUUUAUGUUUUAAUCCACCCACGUACCAAUCUCAUAGCAGUUAUUGUCUUGCUAUUGAUUUGAAGGAUGUGUUUUUUUUUUUCAUAUUCUUUAGGAAUAUGAGGAAAAGAUGACAGUUUGUCCAAGAUGUUGCUUUUUUAGUUGGAAGUAACAAGGGGGGUUUCUUAAAUUUUUUAAAAGAAAAUAGAGAUAUAUGUAUGUAUCAAAUUAUUACUUUAUGCCAUCUGCUUGAAAUUUGUUUUCCCAUACAAAAGAGGGAACAGGUAUUUGAUCCUGAUUUAUUCUGAAGUCCAUGUCAUUUAAGUGGAAUAGAAGACAGUACAGCUGUCACUCUAUUUUGGUUAUCAAUUUAUUUUGAGUUGGAAUUUUUUAUACUUUGUUAUACGUUGAGAAGCUCAAAAUGAAUUUUAGAUGAAAUUGUGCAUUUCAGACUCUGUCAUGUUAUAGCUGUUAAAGGUCUUAAACAUUUUGUUACCCGUGCAGAGCAUUGUGGCCUAGUGGAUUAGUCUCCAGACUCUCAACAGAGGGUUGUGGGUUCAAAUCCCAGCCAUGGUGUAAUUUCGUUCAGCAAGAAAUUAAUCCACAUUGUGCUGCACUCAAGAAGUGAUUGGGUACCUUGCAGAAAUUCAUUCCUCGAAAUUUGUGUGCAUUGUAAGUAAUUAUGGCUGCCAAGCUAAAGCAGGGGUAAUGAUAUCCAAGUCCUUUGGAAGCACAUAGUGACGUUAUAAUGUCAUAUGUAUUGUACUGUGCAAGAACUGUUUAUCAUUAUCAUUAUUAUUAUGAACAUUACUAUUAUUGUAUUUCACCCUGUAUGGACAUAUGUAUACAAAACUAUGUUUAAUAAUUCAGAAUUUUAUUGAUUCUUCA